UUCAAGUUUAACCAGAUUUUGCAUAACCGUGGCUGCCAAGUAAGAGGAAGACCAAGAAUUUAAAACUCAACAAAAGACUUCUUUUCAAUUGAAGUAGCGGUCAAAAAUGGAAAGAUCCGGGGACUCUCAUAUGCAGAACUCGAAUUUGCAGACUCAAGAACAAACUAUUCCCUCUACAGCCAUUGUCAAGAGACAAGAACCAAGCAUCAAGAUAGAAGCAACUGUGGCGGGACAAUUCCUCAGGAAGCUCUUUCAAAUCAUUUUCUACAUUCAGUUGUUCAUAGUCUCCAUCUUAGUAAUCGUCUUAACCAUCCGUGGCCUCAUCUAUGCAAGCAAUACCAAUCGUUUCCACCCCAAGAAAUGGUACCCUCCACUUCUUGUUUCAACAGCUUCUGCUGGAAUUGUUUCUUUUCUAUGGCAGUCGAUCUCUUUCCACAAUCCAUCAAAAGCCAUAAAAGCAGCCUUCUGGGUUAGUCCCUUGCUAACAUGUGCAGUUGGUGUGCUCCAUGUAUUAAUUGGUUCUCCGUUGAGUUUAGCGGCAGGUACAAUUGCAGUAGUUUCUGGCGUGAUCGAGUCUCUCUAUGCCUGUUGGGUCAAUCCCAAAUUUCUUUAUGCAGCCGACGUCCUCAGAGAUUCCACAUUUUGUCCGCCUGAUAAAACCACUACAUUUGUCACUGUAUCCAUCAUAACCUGUGUAUUCUACUCCUCUUUCUUGGUGAUUGGAAUUGGAGGAGCAACCGCGACCGGAACCGGCGUAGACAUCUUCUUCAUCAUAUUCAUCGUGCUUACCUUCGCAUGGAGUAUGCAAGUGAUCAAGAACAUGCUAUAUGUUACAAUCUCACGCGUUAGAUACAUGAAUUUUGCUUCUGGAGUUGACAUGAACUCCCAGAUUGCUUUGCAAGACACAGUCAAGCAUUUGGUAGGAAGCGUAUGCAUAGGAUCAGCCCUUGUUCCGGUUAUUGGAACCAUUCGGGGCUCAGCCAGAGCAGUCAAUUUGAUUGCAGGGGACACAGACGAGUUCUUGUUCUCAUGUGCUGAUUGUUACUCAGGAGUGGCUUCAAUUCUGAUAACAUAUGGGAAUCGCUGGGGUUUUGUUCAUGUAGGGGCUUAUAACAAAGGUUUUGUGCAGGCAUCAGCUCAUACAUGGGAAAUGUUCAAAAGGGCAGGAUUGAUUUCAUUGAUUGAUUCUGACCUCACAGGGGUGUUCUGUUUUCUAUCUGGGAUUUCAGUCGGUUCGAUAUGCACCCUAAUCGGAGGAACAUGGGCGCUGGUAAUUCAUAAGAGCUAUGCUACAGAAGUGUCCAUCUACGCUUUCUUGAUCGGCUAUUUCAUGUGUCGGAUAGCAUUGGCCUGGCAACAAGCGUGUGUUUCAGCUUACUAUGUUGCUUAUGCUGAGAACCCUCAAAGCCCUCGGUUUCGUGCAACAAUCCCGGAUCGCAUUCAAGUGCUUCAGAGGUAUCAAGUUUAACCGUCAAUGGGAAUCUAUAGCAAACCGUAAUGCGAAAAUUAUCAUCGUAAGCAAAAUCUUAUAAUUUUGGCGAGCCUGUUUGUUUGCAAGAAUUCCACAUCUUUCUAAAUUCCAUACAUUUCUGUUGCAAGUUUGCCAGGAUGUAAAUCAAUAGAAAAUUAAUGAAUUUUGUUAUACUUGUGAUUC